GGUUCGCAAUUUCCAUUAAAUUAAGGUAUUCACAAAAGUCUUUCAAGCGACGCCCAUUGUUUUGUCGUUGUAGUGGUUAUUCAUGACGCUUUUGUUCAUCCGGCCUGCCUUCACCCACGCUAAACAAACAGUGUUCAAACUGCUUUGAAUUAUUUUAUUCUACACACAUGGAAAAUUGUAGUUAAUCGAUAAAAAUACCCAACCCAACUGAUAACAAGAGAGAGCAUUCUGGCAAUUAGCACUACCAUCAUUUAAAGAGGUUAGUUUUCUUGUUUCUGUAGUGAAUUUAGCGCCUUUUAGAGAGAAUGUUACGUAGGCUGAAAGCUGUAUUACAUCUGCAUAUUUUGUAUGUGUGUACUGAAUGCACAAUAUUCGCUCGAUCAUUUGACCAAGUUAAGUAAACAUUCAUUUAUUUUAAAAAUGAAGCGUUGACUUUUCAUUUAGUAUUGCCUGGCAACCGUGGAGUUUACAUGAAGAUAAGCAGAUUAUCUAACCGAUGUUUUACAACCUGAUCAAAGAUCAGCGCUGUAAAAAGAAGUUACUCCCAGACGGAUUCUUGUCAGAGAUAAGCUUUUACAAAGCAAGGAAGUUUCUAAGUUUCCGAGCGAGCGAAAACUGUCGUAUUAUCACCAAAUACUGCAAACAAAGUGGCUUGAAUUUUAUGAAUUCGAGGAGAUGUCAUUUGCAAUUUGAUUACACGCACGGUGAAAGCAAACGUUUCGCCCAUUAUUUCUAUUUUUAACUUUAGUAUUGUGGUCUAAACAACCAUGGAGUCACACAGCCAUCGCGUUAGUACCGCAGAACAUCGUCCACCUUCUCUGUCAGUGUCUUCUGCUCAGGGUGAUACUCAUGAGGGAAGACAAAGAUCAUCUACGAAUACCUCACAAAACUCUGCCGCGUCAAAUGCUUUUUCUCCUGACAGGAGCGAGCGAAGAAAACCAUCCAGUACCGUCUCCCCGUUCCUGUACUCUUCAAGUCGGAAGGUUUCAAGCAACAUCUCGCCAAGAUUCGACCACACUGACACAUCAGCUUCCAGAAACAAGCCAACCGAAGUCCUGCCGACCUACCGAAUGGCACCACAGGCCGACAGAAAGUUCCGGCCGCAAAUCGUCAAGAAAAUUAUGGACGAAGCUUUCGAGGAGAGCUUAGACAGCCUUGACAACUACGACUCCGUCAAAUGCCGCGCGCUCACGACCCAAGUUUGCGAAGAUAUCAAACAACGGGUCAAAUGGUUGAACUUUGAGCGCUGCAAGUUGAUAUGUCUUGUGCAUAUCGGUUCUAUAAGCGGACAGGGUAUGCGAGUGGCAAGCCAAUGUUUGUGGGAUCACACUGUGGACAACUUCGCGUCGACCACUUACAGUAAAGGGGACAUUUUUGCGGUUGCAUUGCUCUUUGGAGUAUACAAGGAAUAGUAACCAUGGCUUUGAUACUUUACUAUGUUAAGAGGCCUUUGUCGCUGAGACGUAGAACUCUGUGAUAUGAAAGUAUAAAAACCAUCUUUGAUUAAUUGACUACUGAAUAAGAUAGCCUUGAAACUUGACCGACAUAAGAUGGCGAAUUGUAGGGCUUAGAGUUAAAAGUUUUGGUUGCUCCUAUAGUCAUUGACACUUUUUCGAACUUCAUUGUAACAAACGACAAAUAAGUUAUGCAAAUUCUUCUUGUACCCUAUCUGAUAUUAUGACUCGAAUGAUUUGCUGAAGGGUCCAAUACAGAAUUUUAUCUCAUUCUGA